AUGUACAAAACUAAAAAAGAAGUGGAUGCCCAUGUGCGAACUGCACUAUCAAAGUUGCGUUCCGAAUCUGAGCGGCAGUUACGAAGUUUUACCAUCGCCAAACUUUAUUACAAAAUCAACGAAUAUUCCACCGCAGAACAAUAUCUGUGCUCCUACCUCAACGUAAAAGAAGACAAUGAUCAGGCGCAUAAACUACUUGGUCAAUGUUAUCAACGCCUUAAGAAACCAGAAAAGGCGCUACAGUCCUUUCAACGUUCUUUACAACUGAAUUCCAAACAACCCGAGGUUUUGGCCGAUGUUUGUCAACUAUUGUUGGAUGAUAAAAACUUGAAUGUGAGUAAAGCUAGAUAUUGGUGUGAGUUAGCUGAGUCGGAAAAGGUGCAACACGAUGCAGUAUUCUCAUUGCGCUUGAAAUUGAUGAACAAAGAUAAUCUGGAAACGAAUCAAGUUGAGGAUUUAAUACUGAAAGAAAUAAGUGCUCGUCCAAAUGAUGUGCAAUUACGUGUUCGACUUAUGCGCAAUUACAUUGAACAAAAUAAAGUGUUGGACGCCUUCAAAUAUGUAUACAAUUUUGAGAUGAACCAGCAUGAUAAUUUCUCCAGCAGCAGCGAAUGGUACAAUAUCGUAUGGUUAGUGCUGAACAAAUAUGAACAUAUGCCAAACACGAAGAAGGAUUGGGAGUUUUGGUUGUUAAUGAUUAUUUGCCUGGAACGACAAGUCAACAUCAGUUUCACACUAACGGCCGCUUCUGCGACUGGUGGAGUAACGGAGACGGCAAAUUUACUUUUCAAUUUAGAUCAAUAUCUUUUCAAAGUCACACAGUUGUCGGAUAAAUUGUGCGCCCAACGUGAAUUGGUUAAUCUCUUUUUGGAUCAUUAUCGCGGACAGAUGCUAAUUUAUGCGACAGCUUUAAUCUUCAAGCGUGAACUUUUACAAAACAAGAACAAAUGGAAAGAAACUGUAAAGGUAGUGUUACCACUAUUACUAUUUGCUUUCCAAACAGAUGUGCCCGACAAUCGCGAACCAUGGAUGAGACAUACUGACGAACAAGGCAAGCAGUUGAUACAGUUGUGGAAUCGCGAGGGUUCCUUCCGUUGCGCACAGGCUGGUCGUACUUUGCUAUCAUGCAUUGCAGACGAGUUGACUACUGACAAAGAAAAUGCCAACCAACAAAUAAAUAGUUUGCUUGGUAACAAUCCACCGUUGUGGAGCAACAGCGAUGAGUUGUUGUCGCAAAUACGACAAAUUUGUUCAGACAAAACUUGGCGGCGAAACGUAUUUGCUGCGCUCUACUGCAACAGUGAUCAAAAAGUUAAAGAACAAAGUUCUCUGUUAAUCAAGAGUCCGAAGCUGGCCGAGCCCGUGUUCGAGCUGCCCACCUACGCCGACGUUGAGCGCUAUGAAGAGGAUGCGCAGUACUUAAAACCACAAUCUUUGCAACAUUUGGUCUACCUUUGUUUGGGUAAUGAUAAUCUCGCCUAUGUACGGGCUAAAUAUUUUAGUGGUUUGAAUUUUUCCACACAAAACUUGGCAUUUUGUGGUGCAGAGUCUUUAAACCAAUUGGAUUUGGACACGUUUUUAUAUGCGGCAACAAUACAAGCUAAACGUACACUGCAAGUUGAACGCGAAACCUUUGACAAUUACAACACGGGCAAUCGCAGCGCUUCCGGACGUCCACGAAUAUUGCCAUUCGCUAAUUUGCAGGGGCAGCUAUGUACCGAGGAACAAUCCAAUUGGUGGCUAGCUGCCUAUCAGGUUUACAAAAAUCUAAGCGCGGAUAAUUUAGCUGAGUUACGCGCCAACUUACAGUAUGGUAUAGAAGCUGUGCGCGGUGUUAAUGGGCCGAAAAUUGACAUGAUCAUCGUGUUCAAAUUGGGGCAGAUAUUUGUCGCACGAGCACAGGAUAUUGUUAAACCAGUAGAGAAAGGCUUUUUGGAAGCACGUGCAGAGAAUAUCUAUAAGUAUGGUUUAAAUAUGGUGAAAAUGAACAAUAAAGGCGUUUUAGAGCCAUUCCGCAAAUAUUUUAAAUAUACUAAAGCCAAAACUUCUGUUGUUGAGCGCGAGAUUUCUAAUGCAGCAGAGGAUGCCGUUUCAUAUUUAGCUUCGCGUUACUUUAAGAAAGCCGAAUAUGAAGAGUUAAUCGAAGAAUUGACUGGCGUACAAUUGCCAUUUGCGACAUAUUUGCAAGCAGAAGCAUAUCGCAAAUUGGACGAAGCCAAUAAAACACCAAAGAAAGCAAAGCGAAUGUAUUUGGAUCGUGCAAGUGAGUGCCUCAAUCAGACUUUGAAUCUGUUGAAAAAUACAGAAGCUAACCCGGAACAUCCUUUGAAUUCCAUAAUACAUACUGAAUUGAAAAGAUUGCAACAGGCUACUAUGAAAUUUAUUAAUGAAGGUAGCCCAGCCACCGGUCACAAUAACUCUAGCACCUACGAAGAUGCCGAAGCUGAGUUCUACCACGAUAUAUCCUUGUCUGCUACACCAGCAAUAAACCGUUCUCGACGUGAAGCAACCGCUGCCGCGCUAAUUGCCUCGCCUCGUAAUACUGAAAUGGAGAACUUAGUAAAGCAAAUGGCCAAAACACUAACGUUUGUUAAAGAGGAACUUGUUGACACGAUUAAACCAGAAAUGCUGUCAAUGCGUAAGGAAAUCACUUCACUUAAGGAUAAAAUUGCUGGCCUUGAGGAAGCUAUGAAACGUACACGUGUUUCUUCAAAUCCACCAUCGCGUGAUGAUGCAUCCCAUGUGCUCGAUGAUCUCUAUAUGAUCGAAGAUGCAUUGCAGAAUCAAUUGUAUCAACCGCCUGCGCAAACGCAUAUGAAUGCUGCAGGUAGCAUGUUUCCCGGCGUUGGUAAUGGACCCAGCACUCAACCACCCGUUGGCGUGCAAAGCCCCUUUGUUGCGGGCCCACAGUCUCAACAACAAGCGGCACAGCAAAGAAACUCAAUGCACAUGCCGCCGAAUCCAAUGGCUGCAGCUGCAUACAAUAGUCCCAUGUUUAAUCCAAAUUAUCCCAUGAAUUACUAUCCACAACCGUACAUGAUGUCGCAACCGCCAGGUCCACCUGGCUCCGCCGGCGGUAUGUUGGGUCAACGUAAUGCGCUGCCCAUGCCAUAUAUGGAUGCCAAUUUGAGCUUUAGCAUGGCACAAUCAACGCCGUUAUUGCCCGCACCGCCACAAGAUGGUCGCCCAAGCAAUCUGUAUGGCUUGUUGACACAACCACAGCAACCACCAACAAUUCCACCUCAAUUCCCAGCAUCGUUGCAACCACAAUUGCCACAGCUGUCAGUGCCAAUGUCGUUGGCAUCGUUAGCGCCUGCCAUAACAAGUAAUCCAACUGUUAUAGGCUUACCAUCAGCAAUUUCCUCACAGUCGACGCCGACCACUGCGCCCAUACAAUUCAAUAAAGUACUUAAUAAUCAACCAGUUGAAAAAGGUCCACCAGCCAAUGUGGUAAUCACCAGUUCUGACCCGUUACCAAAUCCAAAUAGGACAGCCUUGUUGGCACAACAACCAACAUUGAGCGUUACAAUACCACCGCAUCAUAUCAAGCCUAGCCUCGUAGCCACAACAGAGUCAAAUGUAGCACAGACAUCAACGCAAGCUACACCUGCUAACGCCAUUACAAAUACCAUUACCACAGGCAACAGCGGCUUUACUGGCUUCGCUUUCGGAAGUACCACCGCCACUACACAAAGUCCAUUCAGCAUUACUUUUAGCAAUAAUUUUACAACGCCUACAUCUUCUACAACCUCCAUAUUUAGCGGAAAGAAUAUAGCCUCUACUACGCCAAGCAGUACGAUCAGCACCAGCACUUUCAGUUUUAGACCACAAAUUGAGCAGGCCCAAGCUCAGGCUGCUGCUGCAGCUGGAGAAAAUAGUUCAGGAGAGAGCAUUUCGGUAUUGAAUAAAACAUCGGACAGUUUUUCGAGUGAGCCGAAUAAGAGCGGUACAGAAGCUGAAUUAGAAUACGACCCACGACCUGACUUUAAGCCCAUAAUUCCAUUGCCUGAUGAAAUCGAGGUUAGAACUGGCGAGGAAGACGAAGAUGUAAUGUUUUGUUGUCGCGCCAAACUCUAUCGUUUCGCUGAUAAAGACUGGAAAGAACGUGGUAUUGGCGAUAUAAAGAUACUGAAAAAUAAGGAAGGUUUCUCAAGAAUACUCAUGCGUCGCGAUCAGACACACAAAAUAUGUGCCAAUCAUAAAAUCACCAAAGAACUUAUAUUAACAACGCCGGCGAAUGAAAAGAAGGGACACAUUUGGGUGGCCAACGAUUUCGCUGAUGAGGAGUUGAAGACAGAGAGCUUCUUCGUUCGUUUCAAGUUGCCGGAGUCAGCGCAGAAAUUCUACGAUUGUUUCAAACAGGCACAAAAAGAAGCCGAAGAAUUGGAUAACAAAAAAGAGGUGACCGUUACGAAAGAACAAACUACUAAAGAGAAUAAGUUUAAUCAACCUGCACAACUUGCACCAUUCGGCUUGACCAAAAGCGCAGUAACCAACUUCGUCACCAGCACACCAGCUACAAAGACCAACGCUGAAAAAAUACCAACCGUUGCAGCACAAACAUUUAUGGCACCAACGUCUGCCGCCACGAGUGCUAUAUCAAGCGCCGGCGGCGCUUCUAAAACGCUAUUCGGUGGACUAGCAGCUGCAGCGCCGAAUGCUGCGGGCGAAAAUAAAUCCGAGCCACCAAAAUCCACAGCCUCGCCUUUCGCUCAUUUCAGUUUCGACAAAGGUGGUGCAGCCACAAUCGCACCCAGCUCAGCUGCGACGAACUCCACCACGGCUACCACUUCAUCACCCUUUGCCAACAUCUUCAGUAAUUUGGGCAAAUCGGGUGUCACCACUUCGUCGCCAUUCAGUGUUGGGAAUCUGCCAGCAUUUUCGGCUGCGAACAGCGCUCUUGAUAGUAGUGCAACAAACGUUGGUGGCAUAGCCGCUGGGUCUACGACUUCAUCUGCAUUGAACAAAUCGAAUGUCUCCGAUGCGGAGGAUGAAUAUGUGCCAACAGCCACUUUUAAUCCGGUAAUACCAUUACCCGAUUUAGUGGAAGUCUCCACAGGUGAGGAGAAUGAAAUUGUUUUGUUCGAGCAUCGUGCUAAGCUCUUGCGUUUCGACAAAGAGGCAGGCGAGUGGAAAGAGCGCGGUAUUGGCAACAUGAAAUUAUUACAGGACAAAGACGACGUAAAUAAGGUGCGUUUGGUAAUGAGACGUGAGCAAAUACAUAAGCUCUGCUGUAAUCAGCGUUUGUAUAAAAACACCGCGUUCAAAUAUGCAAAGAAUUCACAAACCGCGCUGACAUGGGCCGGUCAAGACUACUCGGAAAGUGAAUUGACUACCGAAAUGUUAACGGUGCGUUUCAAAUUACCCGACACCUGCAAACAAUUCCAUGACGCCGUAUUAAAGGCGCAAGCAAAUAUGGGCGAUGAAGUUGAUGAGAACGUUAGCGCUGGCGCCGCUGCUGCAAUUGGGAAGCAGGUCAAGGAGAAAUCAACAGAAAAAACAGAAGGUAAAGCGGCCUUUAAAGGUUUUGGUGAUGCUUUCAAACCCAAAGCCGGUUCAUGGGACUGUUCCGCUUGCUACAUAUCAAAUACUGCUGACAAACAAUAUUGUGUUGCGUGUGAUUCGCCAAAGGAUGACACUGUGCCCAAAAAGGAAACGACAAAUGUUCUACUAACUAAUCCACCAAAGGCAUCGUUUGUUUUUGGCUUCUCACCAGCAACGAAUGGCAGUGUAGCGGCACCAGUGCAAGCAGCUAAUAGUUUUACUUUCGGUAAGCCUGCUGCUACAUCAAGUAUCCUUGCAGAAAAUGCGAAUAGCACGGCCAGCGCGCCACAACCCGCCGCCACAACGUCGACGACUUCAAAAUCAAGUUUCGGUGAUCAAUUUAAACCAAAAGUGGGUUCUUGGACAUGUCAGGAUUGCUAUUUAAGCAACACAGCUGACGCUCUUUACUGCAAAGCAUGUGAUGCACCCAAAGACGAUACAGUACCUAAAAAGGAAUCCACGAAUGAUGUGCUUGCACUCUCAAAUCCAGCGCAGAAAUUCAGUUUUGGUUUUAGUGCAGCCGCCACUGCCACCUCCACAGCAACCGCUAAUACAACAACGCCUACAAGUAGUUUUGUUUUUGGUGGCGCCAAAACCGAAUCGGGUAAAUCUCUAUUUGGCGGUUUGACAAAUACAAGUACCACUGACGCGCCCAAGUCCUUUACGUUUACAUCGGCAACUUCAACGAAUGCACCAACGACAUCGAAGCCCGCAUUCUCAUUCCAGCCGCAGUCGAAAACUUCCGGUGCUGGUGGAGAAUCCACAUCAAUGUUUUCUUUAGAUAAAAAAGAUUUCAAUUUCACGUUGAAGCCAAAGAGUCCCGGCAAGUCGAGCGGCGCUGGCGGUGGUGAUGCAGAUGCCGCGGCGGACGACGGUGAAGAUGGUGACUACCAAGAGGAGGAGAACAACACUUACUUCACACCGGUCAUACCACUGCCGGAUAAGAUUGACGUUAAAACGGGCGAAGAGGAAGAGGAAUUACUCUAUGUGCAUCGUGCCAAAUUAUAUCGCUUUGUCGAUGGCGAAUGGAAGGAGCGUGGUCUAGGCGAUGUUAAGAUUUUGCGUCACAAGCAAACCAAAAAGUUACGAGUGGUAAUGCGUCGUGAACAGGUGUUGAAAAUCUGCCUUAAUCAUGUGCUGAACGAGGAAGUCGAGUACAAGCGCAAGGAUGACAAAUCGUGGUUAUUUGUGGUGAACGAUUUUAGUGAGGGCACCGUUGAGUUGGAAAAAUUCUCACUUCGUUUUAAGAAUAAAGAUAUUGCACAAGGUUUUAUGGAUGCAGUGAAAAGUGCCAUCGUGGGAACGGCUGUUGCGAUCGAAAGUACCGGUAGCAUAUCUACGAAUACUACAUUGAAUAUGACUGAGAUUGUAGAGAGCGAAAAGGAGGUUGGAACUCCACCAGCUGCUUUGUCGGAGGCAGAUAGGAUGACUGCUGAUAAAUUGCAAUUACCUUAUGAGUUCUUUACAGCGCAACCACCUUGUGCUGGUUGCCGUGGUUGUGAUCCGGAUACAUUUGUUUUCCCUGUACGAAAAACCACUGAAACAUUCGUUAAUUCUGAAGACAAUGAAAAUGUUUUAAAACCAUUCGAAUUACCCGUUUUGUCAUUACCCAAAGCCGAUAGUGCAGUCAUUGCGAAUCGUUCACUCCUGAAGCAAAGCGCUCUCUCACCGAUGGUACCCUCACCUGCAGCCACAACGCUUAACUCUAGCAACAUUACAGCCACUCCUAAAGGGGGUGAAUCGAAUAUAUUUUCCGGCUUUGCUGGCGUUAACUCUAGAGCUUUCGGCGCUACUGGCGAAAAGAGUGCCAGUGGUUUCUCAUUUACCGCAGCUAUGAAUGAUGUCAAAAAAGAUGAUGAAAAUAAGACGAGCGCGACAAGUGGAACAUUUCUAUUUGGUAAUAAUGCCGGCUCUGGUGGGUUGAGUGGCAGCUCCAUUUUUGGUGGUGGCGGAGAUAAAAAGCCCAUUUUUGGACAAACACCCUCCAUUUUCGGCAAUGCCUCCAAUUCUUUAACUAAAGCCGCUGAUUCUACCACAUCCGAAAGCGAGAAACCAAACACUAUUUUCGGUGGUAUUGCCAGCAAUACUGGCAGUGGAUCUAUAUUUGGUGGGAAACCAGUUUUUGGUUCAGGCUCCAGUUCGAUUUUCGAUGGUAAAUCUUCUUCGGGUAAUGAAACAACAACAACCAAAUCGAUAUUUGGUAGCACAAGCAACUCAACAGCUAAUACCAUUGGUGGAGAAACCUCAAUAUUUGGCAGUUCAACAUUUCCUGGUUUUGGAAACGCUACUAGCACCCAAGGCUCUAUCUUUGGCAGUGGUAAUAGUGCAAAUACUGCAAACCCCAAUACAGAAGCAAACAUUUUUGGUGGUAUUCCAAAGGAGCAAACUGUAGCCGCACCCAGUUUUGCUGACCUCUCCAACAAAGCUGGCGUGACUGAUUUUGCCAGUUUAGCUGCAAAGGCAAGCUCCGCCAACACCAACAAACCAUCAGAAAAACCAGGUCCCCGCGGUUUCAUUGGUCUAACCGAUGAAAAUGCCUUUUCUAACUUCUCCAAAGCGGCGCAAAACACAUCAAAAGAUGACAACGCUAACGAUUCUACGCAAAAUGAUGAUAAUGAAAACUAUGAUCCACACUAUGAUCCUAUAAUUGCAUUGCCAGAUGAAAUUCAAGUAAGUACCGGCGAAGAAGACGAGACGAAAUUGUUCGGUGAACGUGCGACACUUUACCGUUACGAUGCUAACACGAAAGAGUGGAAGGAACGCGGCGUUGGUGAGCUCAAAAUUUUGGAACACAAAACCAAACAUACAUAUCGCCUGGUGAUGCGGCGUGAGCAAAUACACAAAUUGGUGUUGAAUCAUGCAGUUGGUGCGGAUUUCAGUUUUAACAACAUGAACAACAACCCAAAAAGUUUUAUUUGGGCUGCUUUAAACUAUGCCGAAUCGGCUGAAGGCGAAGUGGAAAAAUUGGCGGUGCGUUUCAAGAAUGUGGAUCUAGCCAAUCAGUUCAAAGAGAAGUUAAAUGAUUGUAUUAAGUCGAAAAGCCACGAGCCCGCUAUUACUUCUCAAUAAUUUAUUUAAUUAAAUAGGUUUAAAACAAAACAUUGUGGUAUCGGAAACAUCUGAAAAAUCAUAAAUUAUCUAAUUUGUAGCAUUCCUCAUUUCUCACUAUUCACGUACAUACAUAUGUGUUUUUGUAUUAUUCACAAUUUUUAUUUUAUUAUCUUCUGAAAAUGUUACUUUUUGCUAAUUUGAGUUUUGGCAAAAAGAUCGUACGAAAUUUUUUUGUUUAAUCAGUUUCAAUGCACUUGCGGCAUUUGAACAAAUUUAGUGAAAGAAAUUAUUACAGUUGUGGUAAAAAAUUAAAUUGUUAUUCGUACAUUAUAAUUACAUUUAAUAAGAACUUAAAUUACAUCUUGAAA